AUGCCCCGCUUUAACCGACGGGAGCAGCUCCCGCUGCAUAUCAAGCGCGCUAUUUGCGUGCACCACGUAGACAACCCCCGCCUGCGUCAUGUCGACCUGGCGAGGUGGUGUUACUCGCAGUACGGAUUGCGCCCAGAUCGUUCCACUGUCGGCCGCAUCUUGAAGAGCGCCGAGCUAUGGGAUGUCACGGCAGGUGGCGACAACCAAAUGCGCCGUCGAGGUGGCGCAUGGCCUGAGCUAGAGCAGGCCAUGGCGCGGUGGAUCGCAAACGCAGGGCCCGCUGGCGUGCCUCUGACGCUGCAGACCAUCCGCGACCAUGUCGAGACGAUGGCACGGAACAUGGGCAUUCCGCCCACAUUCCGAUACUCCAUAGGCUGGCUCAAUGCUGCGAUGUACGCCGAAGGUCGCAAGAUUUUGGUGCUGCUUGACAACGCGAGCAGCCACAUGCUCCGCUCACAGCUCGCAUGGAGCGAGAUCGUCUGCGGGAUGCGGACGACCUGCAUGAGCGACGUGCGGCUCGUUUUCUUGCCGCCGAAUACCACCGCAUUCACACAGCCGCUCGAUCAGGGCAUCAUAGCCACCGUAAAAGCCCGCCGACAGCAUUGGCUGCGGGCCUUCUCGGCUUUGUGGAACGGCGAGGGCGCGACUACCGCCGUCGCCCGUUUCCGCCCCAACUUGCGCGAUGUCCUCGCGUGGCUGUCGGACGCGUGGAUGUCUGUCGGCGAGCGCACCAUUCAACGGUGCUGGUGGCGCAUGGGGUGUCUGCCGCUGUCAUGGUCCCUAGAGCUGUCGCAUGUACACGACGAUGAGCCCACCCCUGCCGUCUACCCCGACAUCGAGCUUGACGACGACAUCGACGAUGUCGGGACUCUCAUCAGCGGACUCGCACUCAGGAAUGCGGCGAUGACGGCCGCAGAGUACGUCGCCAUCGACGACGGCGAGCCGACGAGCGCCGAGGGCGCUGCGGGACAGCCUGCGAAUGAGCCAGAGUCGGGCGUAGACGCCGAGCUCUGGCAGGCGCCGACUACCAUUCCCGCCGUCUACGACGACGCCGACCCCGUGUGCCGCGAAGCGCGGCGCACUGCCCGGGCGGCAUGCGAGAUGCUUAUAGGAUAUGCACGGGCCACCCGCAUCACGCCGCGCGAUCUGUGCCAUGUAUUCGAUAUACGCAACCCCAUUAUAAUCGCGCGGAUGGAGCGGGCGAGCCCGACGUUCAACCUCAACGUGGCGCCUCAGCCCGUACCCUCCCCGGGCGCAACUCCCACGCCCGAGACCCCUCGUCCGCGCGGCCGUGUGCUGCCCGACUGGAUGACCCGCCCGUCUCGCCGUCAGGAGCUGCUUGACGCCGGUGUGGGCGCCGUGAUGGACGGGUAUGUGGACGCGGCUGCGUGGAUGCGUCUGUGA